AUGCACCGGGUACUGCUUCUACAAGACACGGUUGAGCAGAUCGUCGACUUCAUCAUAUCAUACAAGGGCACAACUGAGUGCAGAGAUCUCUUGGGCUUCGCUCUGACUUGUAAAACACUAUCGGAAGUUGCCUUGAGCGCGUUGUGGGCGAAGGUCCAGGACUUUCACCGUUUACUGCGAUUGAUACCUGCAUACGAGGAUUCUGGUGAAGGAACAUGGAAAUUUACGCGUCCACUAGAGAAGCAUGACCUAUCACGCUUUGUCUACUAUUCUCGUAGGGUGAAAGAGCUUUACAUCAGCCAUACUGGCACACGCAUGGAUCUCCAUUCCAUCUUUGAAUACUUUAGGGCAUUCGAGCACGACAUUGAGCUUUUCCCCCGCGUACGGUUCCUGUGCUUCGAUGCGUACACAUUCCACGGACCCGACGCCCUCUUAAUGAUCAAGUCCCAUCUCCAUUCCCAGCUUGAAAUUCUGUGGAUCAACAUCGCGAUGGCCACUCGCUCUAUUCACCUCGAACUGCCAGAGCUCAUUCGCGAGCUCUCGCGAACACCGCCUCCUAGGCUCACUACGAUUACCAUGCCUCAGUUCACGUUCACGCCGCUCACGGCGAAACUACUAGCGCAAAUUACCUCGCUACGCAAGCUAACAAUCGCUAUGCACCCGAUGACCGGGGAAGACAGUCUGGAUUCCUUGGAUGCGCUCGGUCGAUUGUGGCACCUGCCGUUGAUGAUGGACCUCUCUGUCUAUCUUCAGGGCACAUCCGUGCUCGCGGACGCGGAUUCUACUCCUGAUAUCAUAUCCUAUGAGCGACCUUCGGUGGCCCACCAGGCAUACUACGGAUCUGUUCGUGUCCUACAUACUCUCGCAAGCCGUACCCCCGACGCACAAAGACUGAAGUUCAUUGCCUUCACGAAUGGGACAGGAGAUGAAUGGGACGCCGUGUUCGACGCGCUCUUUCAACGUCGCACGGAAACCCUUCAGGCGUUGAUUGUACAGGAUUUACAGAACCAGGCGUCCCUGCCGCCGGCAACUGCCAUGCUGCGCAUGCCGAAAUUCGGGAGCCUUCGUGACCUCACGAUAUCCCUUCCGUACGACUGGACUGAUGAGGUCAUCGAGCACAUCGCUCGCUCGUGCCCUGCCCUCACGUACCUGAACCUCCUAUACUAUUACAGCGGAAGUGGACGCAAGGUCUCUACUACGUCUUCCGCACUGUUAUCAUUGGCCCUUAUGUGCGCGCAAUUGGAGAGCCUGCAUAUACACGUGAAUCCAACGCGACAGCCUUCCUCUCCUCCAGUUAAUCCCCAAGGAUUCGACGGAAAUCUCAGUGUUGUCAACCUUGAAAUCCGGUUUCUGCCCGCGUUCUCUCCUCGUCCAAGCUUCGAAAGGUUUGCCAAAAGCUUGUUUCCCGGAUUGCAGAGUCUGGUCGUAGGCAAUGCUUGA